GCCUAGUCUUCCUCCGCGGCCUCGCGGCUCCUCGCGCCACAGGCUCCCGCCUCCUAGCAGAGUGCCUCCGGUGUAAAACAGAUUAACACAAACUCUCUUAACCCUCCGCUCCGUCUUCACGUCCAAGUUGAAUUCUCACCUCGAGCGUCUUAAACUCUGAGCGCUGAGCGAGGGAACGGCACCCGAGGCGGCCGGGAGGCUCCAGGGACCGCGGUAAUUGGAGUCCACUCGUCUUCCAGUCGAAUGGCGUGGCUCUGCCCGUUCUGCUAACGUCAUCAUCGCCUCUCCUCGUCCACCUCGUUCGCAGUCGCCUCACCCCCCCUCCCGCCUCCACCCUCCCAAUCUCCUCCACGCUCCCCAUCUCCUCUCGACCUUCACCACAUCUCUCCUUUCUGGCCGCCUUGCCCUCGCAUAUCCUCCAUCUCUAAGCCCUCUCUGCUUUCUCCUCCACCGCAAUCUUUCAUCCAAUUAUCCUGCAUCUCCACUGCCUCGCGGUUUACUCUCCUUCCUCUUCUGCUGACCUCUUCCUCCAGCUCCUCUAUAUCGUCCUCUUACCCCCACCAUUCGCACCUCCUCCCUACCACUACCAUUUUCACCACCUCCUCCCCUCCACCGACACCAUGACGGUUCGCCCGUGCCCCGACCACUGCGUCUCCAUCAUGACGACGCUGAGCGCCCAACGCCUCUCGGGCUCCUCGCUCUGCGACCUGGCGCUCAUCGUCCACGUCCCUCCUCCUGCUCCUCCUCCUGCUGCUGCUGCCGCAGCAUCAUCGGGAUGUGGCACAACCAGGCGGAGGAGGGGCGUGGGGAGGGAGCUCGGCCGAGGGAGAGCCGGGGGAGCGGAGGGAGCUGGUGGGGGAGCUGGUGGGGGAGCUGGUGAGGGAGCUGGUGGGGGAGCGGAGGGAACGGGAAGUGGUGCCGGGGAGCUCGUGGUUCUGAUGCCGUGCCAUCGCGCCGUGCUGGCCGCGUGCAGCCCUCUCUUUCGAGACGCCGUCGUCGAGACGUGUGGGGACGUGCAGGAUAGCGGCGGCGGCGGCGCCGGCGGCGAUGCUAACGACGUGGGGACAGACCGGUGGGAACGCGCGUGGGAGGACGGGGAGAUGGUCGGGAACGAGGGGACCUCGGCCGGGAGCAAUGGCCACGCGGUGAGCGAAGGAAGUGGCGUUGAUGUGGCCGUGAGGACAGAGGAGGAGGAGGCGGCGGAUGCAGCCGAUGCGAGAGACCAGACGUCGGCUGAGAAGGACGGCCUUGGCGCAGCCAUCGGAAACGACGGUGGGGGCGCAGCCGCGACGGAAGAGGCGACAGCUCUGGAAGAAGGGGAGACGAUGACGAGGGAUGAGCAAACGAAUGUGAAGGAAGGAGAGGAGGUUCUGUGGAAAGAGGGAGAUGCCGUUCUCAAGGAAGAGCAGGCGGUCCUGAAGAUUGUGGAGAUAGUGAUUGGAGAGACAGUUUUAAGUUGUUAUCAGACGGCUGAGGAGCACAGCAGCAGUGCAGUAACUGAGAGAAGUAACCCGGAGACAGCUGUGGCAGAAGAGGAGGAACCUGUAAGGGAUGCGGAGAUGGCCACGAGGAAUGAGACGCCGACGAUUCAUCCCAGCUCGCUGGGACAGUGGAUUCCUCGUCUCCGACCAGCUGUGCCCGGGCACUGGCUGUGCGAGCUGCCCCCCACGCUGGGCCCUCUGGCCGUGUCCCGGCUCCUGGACUUUGCCUACUGGGGUCGGCUCGACGCGCACGCUGCCCGCGACCGCUUGACCUUGCACGCCGCGCAGGUGCUCCGCAUGACCGGAGCCAUCGCCGCCUUCAUGGAGCCCGUGAACGUUGGGGCCGACAGAGGUGGGGCUACCCCUAGCGAAUUCAACGACACCACCGACGACGACGACGGUAACGGCACGAGGAGUAGCUCGGCUCCGCCUCGAGCGCGCGGAGUUCCGGCACCUCGGCACGGGCGUCCGCAGAAACGUCCGAGGACUAUCCCGGUGCCCUACAAGGACUCCACGGCUGCUGAGGACCUAUGGCCGGCCAAUAACGUGCCCGCACCGGCAGAAUCGAAGGGGGACCCCCCCCCAGCCAGGACCUUACAGGCGUCCAGGAAUAUGCCCGUGCUGGCAGAGCCGAAAGAGGACCGAUCGAAGCUCCAAAGGGUGUCCAGGAAAGUUCCAGCGACGGCAAAGUCCACGGACGACUCGCCCGAGACCCCACAGGUGGCCAGAAAAGUGCCGAUGCCGGUGGAGUCGGCAGAGGACCUACGGAAGACCCCAAGGGCGUCCAGGAAAGUGUCCGUGUUGGCGGAACCAAAGGAGGCCUGCCCGGCCAAGGUGGCACCACCUGCAGCCAAGCAAGUGCCAGAAUCCGAGGACCCAAGGGAAGAAUCGCCGCUGCCUGCCGAGACCCCGCGGCCAGCCAGGAAAGCGCCAGCGCCCGUGGAUGAACUCGAGGUGCCCCCUGCUAAGACCACACGGAUGGCCUGGAAAGUAGCGGUUUCCGGGGAAUCACGGGAGGUCCCACGGGCGUGCGAGGAAAUUGCUGGCGAAGCCCAGUUGGUGAAGCGUGUGUGCCGCGAUGAGGUUUCGCUUGCCCUGCCUGGACCCGCAGCUCCAAAUGUCAUCUUGCAGAAUCCUCAAGAUCUGAGCGAUGAAAACGAUGGCGCCACGAUGAACGUCGCCGCAGCUACGCCGGACGCGGACGGGGCAGCCGCCUUUGCGUUCGUCAAAGGGUGCGGGGCCACGGUCGACACGGACGUGGCCUUGGCGGCUUUUUCGGCGGCUUCGGCGGCGGUGGAAGCGCACGCGGCUGCGGCGGACGCGGGAUGCAGGAAGAGGACGACUUCGCGGAAGAAGGCGGCGGAAUCGGCAGCCGCCGCGGGAAGCAAACGGUCAAGCGGGCAGAGGCCCAGACGCCCCAGAGUGAGGACCCCUGGCGGCGAGGAGCCUGCCGUGAGGGAAGAAGAGAAGUGGCCAAAGUCGGACCCCGGCGGCGCCGAAGAGACCGCGUGGCCUCCCGUGGCCUCCUCGCCCCCCGGCAAGGCCGAAGAGAAACGGCAUCAGUGCACCGAGUGCAGCAAGAGCUACGCGAGCCAGAGGCAGCUGGAGAUGCACAAGUCGUUGAAGCACCGGAACGAGGGGCUGUGCAUGUGCGACAUGUGCGGCGUGACGCUGGGCACCCGGCAGGGACUCCACAUGCACAUCAAGACCCAGCACAAGGACGAGCGCACAUUUGUGUGCGAGUUCUGCGGGCAGCGCUACGGGCAGCGCACGGGGCUCAUGAUUCACCGGCGCAAGCACACGGGGGAGCGCCCCUUCUCCUGCUCCAUCUGUGGCAAGGACUUCAUGUCACGUGGAACGAUGGCGAAGCACGAGCGCACGCACACGGGCGAGCGCCCGGUCCCGUGUGAGCGCUGCGGCCGAGGCUUCGCUGACCGCGGCUCGCUUGUGCGUCACAUGCAGAGCGUGCACUCGGACGGGCCGCUGCUCUCCUGCACACUCUGCUUCAAGCCCUUCAAGUCGAGCGACCAGCUGCGUGCUCACCUCCGCCGGCACACGGGGCAGCGCAAGUUCAACUGCUCUCUGUGCGAAUACAAGUUCACUCGUCAGGCCCACCUGCGGCGGCACAUGGAGGUCCACGGCCGUGUCACCGACUACUGCCCCCAGUUGCGGCGGCUGCGCACCACCGCUGCCGGUGACCAGGAGAACGCCGCCACCGCCGACUCCUUGCAGCAGCAGCAGCAGUUGCAGCUCCAGCUGCAGCAGCAUCUCCCGCCCGGCACGGCGCUCACCGUCCCCGUCGCCGGGCAGCCGUCGCUGCUGACUUACACCAUCACUCCGUCUGCACUGAGUGCCAGCCAGAGCCUGGCGCUCGCCGUGGACCUGCUCAACGACGUGAACGGCGAGGGUGGCGAGGUGGCCGUGGAAGAGGUGGAGGAGAUGGGCCAUGAGCAGCACGAGCACGAGCAGCAGCUGCUUCAGCUGCAGCAGCAGUUUCAGCAGCACCAGCAGCAGCAGCAGGAGGAGGAGGAGCAGCAGGUGGCGGACGUGGCGACGGUGGCCGGUGGGGAAGACCCGGGAGUGGCGCUGCUGCUUAAGCUAGCCGAGCAGAACCCGGGGGACGUGUUCGUGCUGAUGCAGUCGUGAGCGGCGAUGACUGAUGUGAGCGGGGUGGGUGACGACUGGGGGAGAGGUGUAGCCCUGCGUUAUCGUCAGCAUCGUCAUCAUCGUCGUCGCCAUCAUCGUCGUUGCCAUCAUCACCGCCACCAUCAUUGUCACCAUCAUCAUCAACGUCGUCAACGAGUAUGUUGGGGGUAACGAGGCGCGGCCCCGCAAUCGCUUGAUCUCGUCACCCUGCUGGGAGAAGGGGCUUCCCCACCAGAGGGCGUUCUAGGGACACGAGCGAUAUGUUAACAAAUGAGAGGGGGGUGGGGGGAGCGAGGGGCCCCCCAUUCGGUCCAUCCGGCUGCUUUGUCGGUAGCAGAUGUGUUUGGGGAACCUCACCCGGGCCAGUGCUUGAGGAGUUUCGGUGAAUUCGAUUCCACGACGUGUUUAUUGCGGACCUGUCCCGGACUGCUCCACCACUAUUACAGAGGAGGGUGUAUUGGGCCUCCUCUUCCACAUUCGCUAGACUCCUUGGAAUAGGUAGAAGUACCCACAUUUUACGCCACCGCCACAUGGACCCAUGCGUCGGCAAACUGCUGGGUGAGCAGAGGCAGUGGGGGUUGGGUGGGAUUAAAAAAACUUGGCAAUUGUUUCGACUGCCGCCCCGGGAGAUCAAAUGGAAUCGGCGACAUCUGUAUUGCGAGUCCAGCGUGCUCAUCAACGUAACUAACCCCAUGCUGUUGUCAUCGUCUGGGUUGUCAUUAUCUUCAUCACCAUUAUUUACAUCAUCAUCACCACCAUAAAUUACUGUCACCAGCACCGCCACCAUCGUCAACAGUUUCAUCAUUGUCACUAUCAUUGCCGCCCGUUAAAAUGUUUUCACGAUCGUCAUUCUGAUCAUGAUCAUCGUCGUGUCAACAUUAUCACCGCCAUUGUCCACAUCAUUGUCAUCUUUGCGCAUGGGGGGGUCUGACUUGCCCGGGUGUCAAAUGCUGACUUCCUGGGUUCUGUCCGAUGAUACUGGACGUGGCUUCAAUUGAAACGUCGUGUGUCUGAUCGGUGAGUGAGCUGAGACAAUCGUAAUCGGUGUGGCGUUAAAAAUUCUCCCACUAUAGGGGACAACUUAAUUUGUUUUGCCUUUGGGUGGUGGAGGGACUUGACGACACAUUUGCCAAGAUCCUUUACGCGGUCUAACCCCAAAAAUCAAAUGUGAACAAUUAUUAUUUUUUCUCGCAUUUAAGGUUUUAUUCGUUACCAAUUUGUACCGGCCCCUGUUCUGUUAAUAUUUAUUGCUAUUUUCAAUUGUACUCGGCAAAUCUUGUCACGAGACUGGAAGCAAUAUCUAUUGGAGACUCUCAUGGUUCAAGUUUCUCAAGUAAACGUUUCUUGAACUGGGUGAGAUCUCAGGGGGCCAGGAUGAGCCUCAUUCGCAAGGCUGACCCGGGCAUGGUAGCGACGAUUGCUGAUGCGCGUACAAUUUGCGAGCCAUUGUCGAAUUUGGUAAAUUUGGACUGACACAGGCACACAACAAACGUCGUCCUCCUCUCGCGUCCAUCGUGAAGCACGCGCCGCCGAGUAUCUUUGUCCUUGUCGUCGUCGUGCUCUUCGACGGCGCGGGGUGUCCUUACGGUUAGUACACAACCGUAGUAGUAACCAGGGGCGACCGCUGGAUUCGAGCCAUGGACCUCUGCAACAAGCGACAAAUACACAACGCCCGUGGCCACGCGUCUGUGAGCGAGCCGUCUCACCAUCAGACAACUCAGCAAGGAAGCUGGACAUCGACUGCGAGAGAAUGGCCUGCCGAACGUGGGAUGGUAUUUAUUUUGUUUUUGUUGUUCCGAUGGCUUUCUACUUCAUCGCCGUGCCAUGAUGAUAGGAACUCUGCGUUCAAUCCCACCGGGCAUCGCGAUUUGCAAUCCGUUACGCGUCCCGCUCCGCCAACCAAUCGGCUGCCAGGACAACGACCCUGACCCAACGUGGAUGCCGCCGUUGCACAACGCCGAGUCUCCUGCAGGGCUGAAGUUGGAUAUUUACGUUAUUAAUGCUGACGAAUGUUUGAUAAAGUGAUGCGAGUGUGA